CCAGAGUGAAACUGACAUCUCUCUUUUUUGCAGAAGACGGGUUAUUGAUGACCACAUCCUCUUCCCCUUCUCUUAUCUUCAAAGCCAUGUUCAAACAAAUUAAUUAAUUAUUACUAUUAUUAUCUACACAAAAUUAAAUAGUAAUUAUUAUGACACAAUCUUAACUUGUUAUUAUCCUCCUAUCGGUCAAAUUUAUCAUGCUUUAUUAUGACUUUAUAUUUCAACAAUUGACUCACCUCACCUCUCAGAGACAUUGAUUGUAGAUCUUCUCUCAAAGUCCUACCUCAUCUCUCAAGCAACCAAACUAGCUUAACGUGGAAAGCAAAAUGGAAUUUGAUGAACACGAAGACCUAGAGGAGGAGGAGGAGGAGGAGGAGGAAGAAGAAGAAGAAGAAGAAGAAGAAGAACAAAUGGGGUUCCCUGUUACGCCGGUGGCAUGUUACGACUCACUUGGAAACUCGGGAGUUAGGUCCAAAAAUGGCGGUGGAAUCGGUUCAGCGGACGGAGGAGCAGCGACCGCCACAGGCGGUGGUGUCAAAAGUGGGCUAGCAGGAACGGUCAGAUACAAAGAAUGUCAAAAGAAUCACGCCGUCAGCAUAGGCGGUCAUGCCGUGGAUGGAUGUUGCGAGUUUUUAGCUGCCGGAGAGGAAGGAACACUGGAAGCGGUGAUUUGUGCUGCUUGUGGCUGUCACCGGAACUUCCACCGCAAAGAAAUCGACGGUGAAUUCACUACCCAGCGGUCUCAUCACCCUCAACACCACCACCAUCAAUUAUCACCUUACUACCACCGUGCAGCUUUACCUCCUCCGCCUGGUUUUCACCACCACUCCGUAACUCCACCUAUAUCACAACAUCGUCCAUUAGCUUUGCCACCUGCUGCAUCGAGUAGGGGAUACAGUAGAGAAGAAGAUAACGUGUCAAAUCCAAGCAGCAGUGGUGGUGGUGGUAGUGGAACGAAGAAAAGGUUUAGAACAAAAUUCACGCAGGAACAAAAGGAUAAGAUGCUUGCAUUUGCGGAGAAAAUUGGGUGGAGAAUUCAGAAGGAAGAUGAAGGUGCAAUUGAACAAUUCUGUGCUGAGAAUUUUAUCAAGAGACAUGUGCUUAAGGUUUGGAUGCACAAUAACAAGCACACUCUUGGUAAGAAACCCUAACUUUUGUUCUUUCUCUUUCUUUUCUUUCAGUAAUUUAAUUUUGAGAACAUUAAUUAAUUAAUUAAUUACUGGAUUUCAGUGUCAAUAGGACUAGUGUGGAACAUGAGUUUAUGAUUUAAUCCAAGAAAAGAACAAUUUCAUUUGUAAUGUAAAAUUUAUUUAUUUUUAAUUAAUGGAGAUCUAGCUAGCUAGGGUUCUUACUCUUA